GUUGGUACUGUGCUAGUCGGAAAUGUUCGGGUGUGUUGUAGUGCCCGUUAACUAGGCAGACCAACGUGUUAUCCUUCUCACAGUCAGCGUGGAGCUGUGCUGGGGUGUCUGUGCAGCCAGCCUGGGGGUGCUGGGUGACAGGGGGAAAAUCAAAUGAAGGUUCUCUCAGCGUUCUGCAGUGCCCAGCUAAUCCUUGGAAGUGGCUUCUGCUAGCAGUCAUGCUCAAAUAUCUUAUGCUCCAUGGCCUCUGGCAACUAAAAGGACAGUGCCUGAACACCCCAGAUAAGUAUUUCUGAUGAAAUUGCCAGUUGUUAAACCUGGAUUCUUCCGUUGGCAGUGCUGGGUUUCAGAAUUGAAUUGACUUGAGAUAGGGAGAUCGGGCAGAGAUAGGGCAUUCCAGGCUGUCAUGUUUCUGGCAUGGUUUGGCCUGGUUCUGUGACUAAAUGGGAUCGGGGGGAUGCACAGACCCAUGCCCUGAGAUAGGGGGAAGGAGGGUCGGGAAAAGGUGGGGAGAUGGGCCUAAAAAAAAACAGUGACAACAAGCUAAGGGAGAAAACUAAUUUACUAAAUAUGAUAUUGGAAUGCGAGAUAACACAAUAUAAUACGAUAUAAUUUGAAUUGAAGCUAAUCAAAUAAAAUGAGAGAGAGUGUGUCCAAAACUAAAGGCCUUACUCUAAUGCUGAAGGCAAGAUGGCCAGGGAACACACACCCACAGUGACAAGCAGUAAAAAAAGGGCAGCCUCUUGACUCCCAAGCAGUUUUAUCUUUCCCUCUGAACAGAAAAUGGAAAUGAAACUGUGUAGUCUUCUGGGAGAUGUAGUUCUUCUCUUCUGUGAAGGGUACCUGGAAACUAUGGACAGACCAUUGAACUGGAGCAUUAACUCUUUAACUCCCAGCGCACUACAUGAUGUAAUGAUGUGGAAUACCAAUAACAAAAAUCAUAAGUCCAUGACACAGGCCAGUCUUUUUGCUUCCUGAAAGUCACACCUGUACACUGCGUUCUUUCAAAAUGUUAGCUAGCAGCAGACAGCGAAGAAAAGCAUAUUUUCAACAGAAUCCACUGAAACCUGAACUAGUGCUUUGGGGAAUAAUCCUAGGAGAGUCAGUGGAGUUUGUGUUAAGUUACUUUGCCACCGAAGUGCAUAAUUUUCAAAAAAAAACCAGUACCAAAGCCCUUGUUCUACAUUAUCUCAUGGGAUGUCUAGAAAACUCAAUUUCAGGAAAGUGAAACGAGAGAAGUUAGUCUUGCUUCAGAUGGCCCUGCAGAAGCAUGCAGUGAUCUCCCAUCCAUCUGCAUGCCAGGCUGUGUUGGAGUUUUGUGCCACUUGCCAUGGUUUUCACUGACAGCUUUCAGAGACUUUAGCAGUCAUUUGUCCUCUGGACAAAAACAGUCAGGUAGAGCAAGAGUUAAGCAAGUGCUUGAAGCAGUGGGUGGCUCAAAUUUCUGGGAGGAGUUUCUGGCACUAGCUGCUGGGUCACAUGCUAUCGGCCUUGACACAGAGGGCGUUGUGGGUAGCUGGGGCUGUGUUGCAAAUGCAAGGAAGUUAAGUGCUGCCGAUUCCUCCAGGAGCGGUGAGAUUUGUCGGUGAAAGAAGCAUCAACAGAAAGGAACCAGACCAGGUGAUACAUUUAGUACAUUAGACAAGACAUCCAACAUCUGAAUAAUUAUGCUCAGGAGCAAAGCACUGAAUUUGUUAAAAUCUAUUCACUUGAUGGUUGACCAGACAAAUGUGGCUUGUAAAGGUAUUAAUCCAGCUAUUGCUUCUCAUGGACAUCGGCGUGACAGGAGAAGUGUGGCUUUCAGACAGAGGUACAGGACAAGCGCAUGCUCCAAGGUCAUGGCAGAACAGGAGUUGCCAGGUCUUUUGAUUAUGGAUAUUGGAGGAACUCACGGUGUGCAAGAAAGCCUUGCAGCACUUCUGAAGAAACACUUCUGCGUUAUCACCAUGAAAGAACUUCUUGAAAACAAAAAAGAAAUGGGCAAAAAAAUCCAGUCCAUUUUUGUGUCUGAGUUCAGGCCAACUAUCGACCAGGAUCUUCUAGAAAGCCUGCCUAAUUUAAAGGUCAUUGGAAAUUCUGGCGUUGGAGUGGAUCACUUAGACUUGAAGAUGAUUUCUAACUUCGGCGUAAAAGUGACUAAUACCCCACACGCUGUUGCUGACUCAACAGCAGACAUAGGAAUGGCCUUAAUGCUGGCAUCUGCCAGAAGACUAGUGGAAGGCUGCCAGAUAGCAGUUUCUCCAGACACGAAGUAUUUUGCUGCUGACUGGCUGGGAGUCGAAGUUACCAGGGCAACUCUUGGGAUCAUUGGAAUGGGCAGAAUCGGGUAUAAAGUGGCUCAGAGAGCCAGAGCCUUUGAAAUGAAGAUCCUGUACCACAACAGGAACCGCAGGAGCAAGGAGGAGGAGCAGGCUGUUGGUGCCCACUACAGCAAGAUGGAAGAUUUGCUGCAGCAAUCUGACUUUGUUAUGCUGGUUGUGAACCUGACAGCUGAGACUGAAAAGCUGACUGGGAAAAAGGAGCUGGGGCUGAUGAAACCCACAGCCACUCUUAUAAACUUCAGCCGAGGUGCAGUUGUUGAUCAAGAUGCAUUGGUGGAAGCUCUCCAGAAUAAGAUCAUUAAGGCUGCUGCUCUGGACGUGACAUACCCCAAGCCUCUGCCAAGAAAUCAUCCGUUGUUAAAAUUAGAUAACAUCAUGAUAACCCCACAUAUUGGAACUGCAACAGUUCAAGCCACCCACAUGAUGGCCAAAGAAGCAAUAGCAAAUAUGCUGUCUGUUCUCAACUGUCAA